UGCAUGCAUGCCAUUCUCGGCUCAGCAACCAGAUACCGGCAUCACGACAGGGCUGCCAUUCUCGGCUCAGCAAGCUCUUGCCCAUUCCCUGCAGCGAGCAUGUGAGGCCGUGAGGGUGAGGUCAGUAGACAGCCGCGUUCCUCCGGCUAUAUAUGCAGCCCAGAUCUCAGGCGGUCUUCAUUCCUCCCACCUGGCGCCGGCGACUACCCUCCAUCGGCUAUCCCCAGCUACGGACGACCGUCGGCACGGCGCCGACGACCCUCGGCUUGGAGCUCGCCCUCGCCCGCGACCCUCGACGGCCAUCCACCCGAUCGAGCCCAUCCAUGGAGGGAGAGGCCGUUGAUGCCGAGCUGCGGCUCGGCCCGCCGGGCUGCGGCGGCGGUGCGUCGUCGGCCGGUUGCACCGAGAGCAAGUACGUCAAAGUCAGCGUGGAAGGAGCCCGGUACCAGCGGAAGGUGGACCUGAGAGCAUACGGAGGGCACGCGGAGCUCAGGGCGGCGCUCCUGGGCCUGGCCGGCCACAUGCUGGACCUGGCCGUGGCCUACGAGGACGACGCCGGCGACCUCUUGCUCGCCGGCGACCUCCCCUGGGACAUGUUCGUCCCCGACUGCAGGAGCAUCAGGAUAAUGAGGCGAUCGACGACGGUGACAAGCAGCUAGAGCUAGCUAGGGCAGCAACGCAACAUCUCCGUGUCGUUGUUGCCGUUGGUGCUUUUCUUAGAUGCGUUUAUUAUGUUAUUUCUACGUCUUGUUUGGUGUUGUUGCGCGAUAGUGUCAGUCAUGUCGUCCUCUGCAUUCUUCAGUCUCUUGGGUCGGUCGAUCACAGAGAAUAAGCAUCUAGCAUUUGAUUCACCAUAGUUAAGUUAGAUAGAGCAUCUGUUAGCUCAUGAUUGUGUCACGUCUGCAGAUGCAUCUACAGGUGAAACUCUGAAACGAGGGCAAGUUCAGACUCUGAAA